CCAGGAGAUGGCAACGUUGAAUAUUUAUGCAAGAUUAUUUCUCACAAAAUCAGCAAAACUCCUCCGGACUGUUUUUCAAGCCGCUGAGUGCACUUUUAAUGGUUGUUUGUUAUUUAUUUACCACAUUUUCUUUUGAGGACGCUGAUUGUUUUCUGUCUCGCGUGCGUCGUCGCCAUAGUGACAGGAGGACGCGCGCCUGCCUGAGAGCUCUGGAACAUGCCACCAAAGGAUGGAAAGUCUGCAAAAAACAAAGGGGGAAAUAUCAGCAAGGCUGAGAGGGCGAGACUGCAAAGAGAGGCAGAUGAGCAAAGACGGAGAGAGGAGGAAGAAGCUCGUGUCAUUGCUGAGCGUGAGGAAAGUGAACGGCUGGAGAGGGAGAGAAUAGAACAAGAGAAACAAGAGGAGCUUGAGUUAAAGGACAGAGAGCGCAGAGAGGAUGAGCUGAAUGAACUGCGGCACGUUCUAGAUGAAAAUCACACAGCAGUUACUGCGUGGGAAUGGGAAUGCAGGGACAAAGCUAAGUGGGAGCGCUACAUGCGCUGCGACGGCAGCCCAGAUCCGUCGGUGCAGCCAGAAAUCAACUCCUUCAUCAGCUUGUGGAGAGAAGACUCAGAAACCCAAAUCCAGCAGGUCUUGGAGAACUGUGCUCUGGCUCUUCAGUUGACAAGCGAGCUGGACUUUCUCUUGAGCGAGGGUCCUGACACCAGCGUCGCUCAGCAGUAUCGAGAAACGCUCGUGUGCCUGCAGAGUCUCAUCCACUGCAAACUCAACCAGGCCACUGAGGAGCUUUUGAAGUCUGCAAGUUCUCACUCUGACAUUGAGACCGGCAACAUGCAGACUGUAGUGCAGGAUGAAAACGUCACUCUCUGUCUGUGGGCCAACCUCAACAAAAACCCAAGGUUUAAAGGCUUCCAGUUUGAGGAGGUGGGUCUGGGCUUCGAGUUGCCGGAGCCACUUGCUGUGAUUGACGUCGCUGUUCGGAUCCUCCGUACAAGAUACGAUCACCUGUCCCAUCACAGCGAGCGGGAACAGCUCCACAGAAGGAGAUCCAUGAUCGAAGCCAUUCUCACUCCACCGACCGAGAGCAUCGCAGCGGUGCAGGAUGAGAAGACGGAGGGAGAGGGGGACGAGCCGGUGGAGGAAGACAGUCGCUCGGUCAGAUCAGACAGCAGAAAAAGAAGCGCUGUGAGUGUGAUCUCAGCUAAGGAGGGGAGAAAGAGCUCUUCAAUCAAACCGUUAGACCAAGGAGAAAGUCAGAUGGAGGAAUUCAAAACAGCAUUAGAAGCUGAUCAAAAUGAUUCCGACUCAUCCCCAGCCGAGCCCGUGAUUGACAGCGCUGAUGUACAUAUAGUGGACCUGCAACAGUUCACACCUUUGGGCGGAGUCUUCUACUUUGACGCCUUCCAUCUACCGCCCCAGUCUCGCACAGUGAAGGGCUGGGAAAUGAGAGAGCUGUUAGAAACCGGUCUCCAGGUCUUCCCCUAUCCCACAGAGCCGUCUCGUGCUCAGAGCUCUACCUCAGUGAGGCUUGAUCAACACAGCAGCGCUGUUGCCUCAUUGCCUGUAGGGGUCUCUGUAGCUCUGCCCGACUCAGUAUUGUUUCUGGAGGAUCCACAUGUGGCGUGUUGGGAUCCUAUCGGUCAGCACUGGCGGGCAGACUGCAUUUCUGAGGCAUCCUAUGACGCAGAGACUCGCAGCAUCUCCUUUAAGAUGAACACAUUCCAUGCUUUCACAUUACUGCAGGAGUCUUAUAUUAACAUGCCUUUCCAGUCAUGGGAGCUGAGGCCUCUGGGCCAAAACUCAGCUUUGUUCACAAUCACUGGAGCUCUUAUUGAAGUCGGCAUCACUGUCAAGGAUAAGCAAUGUAUGCUGCACAUGGAGCAAACAAAGAACCUAGAUCAUCUUCUAGGGAAGUGGAUGAGCCCCUCGGAUCUCCAGAAGGCCAUGCAAAGAGCUGGAAUCAAUAUAUUUGUGAAUGAGUAUUCAGACAAGUACGUCAGCAUCAACCCAAAGGACCCAUUAAUAGAGCACACAGUGUAUGAACAAAUGGCUUUAAUGUCCUCAGCUGUGGCUUUUUCCUGGAGCCGCUGGAACACACAAUGCGGACAGGAGCACCUUGUUCUUCAGGCCUGUGAACAGUUGGAGGCUGGGCCUGUGGCUGAGGAGGCUUGGUCUCUUUACCUACUGGGUGCUCAGAGGAACCAGCAUCUAAAGAUGAAGGAGCAAGACGACAGCUUCUCUCCUGGGCUGGCCGAGGGCAGCGAGUUCCACUCCACCUUUCUGCACAUGCUCAGACAGGACAUGAGCACAGAGGGCCAAGCCAGAGUCCGUCAGUCUCACUACCUCUACACCGACACUGUGCAGAGGCUCCUGUGUGCAACACGCGUCCUCACCUACUCCUGAGAAAAGAAAGAUUAAGCAUCCACGAAUACUACAUGCGUACACACUAAAUAUAUGUCUGUAAGUGUAUGUCUAAAACAUUUGAUAACGUGAAAAUUGCUACAUAUGAUGACAUGCUGAGAUGUAAUAACAUCUUGUGAAGUUCUUUAUAAGCAGGUAGACUUACUCUUGAAUGAUUAUUUAUAGCAUCAUGAAAUAAAUAUAUACACAAUAGAUACCACCACAAAAGAGCUUGUGCACUAAAUCUUUCAUGGAGAAAUUGUUUCUAAAUGCUACAAAACACAUUUAAUACUAAAAAAAAUUAUCAAAAAAUGAAUAAAAGAUUUCAUUAUAAA